GCUCUGGGCCCCAGGGAGGAGGCUCAGCACAGAGGGAGGAAGGACAGCAGAGCUGACGGGUCAGAGCAGCCGUGCUCAGGAGCGUUCAUGGAGCUGAAGCUCUUCUGCACAGAGGACGGAGCAGACAGCAGAGACCAUGGAGCCCCCCUCUGCCCCUCCCCACAGAGGGCGCGUCCCCUGGCAGGGGCUCCUGCUCACAGUCUCACUUUUAACCUCCUGGAACCUGCCCGCCACUGGUGAAGCUAUUGUUCAUUCCCUGCCUUUCAAUGCCUCAGAGGGGACGAAUGUUCUUCUACUCGUCUACAAUUGGCCAUUGGAUGUCUAUGGCUAUGGAUGGUACAGAGGGAAAAUGAUUAAGAGCAACAAUCUACUUGCAACCUUCGUAAUAGACACUAUAGAACAGAGGCUAGGGCCUGCAUACAGUGGUCGUGAGACCAUACCCAAUGCAACCCUGCUGUUCCAAAACGUCUCCCUGAAGGAUGAAGGAUACUACACUCUACUAAUCGUACAUAGAAGUCUCAAGAAUGACCUAGUGACUGGACAGUUCCACGUAUACCGGACAGCGGCUCAGCCCUCCGUCUGAGCCAGCAGCACCACAGUCACAGAAGAGAGGAGCCCCUGGUACUGACCUGCCUCACAGAUGACACUGGAACCUCCCACCCAUGGACCUUCAAAAAGCACAGUCUGCGCGUCACGGAGGAGAUGGAGCUGUCCUGAGACCACAGUGUGCUUGGCAUAGACCCCGCCAGGAGGGAGGAUGCCAGGGAGUGUCACUGUGAGGUCUCCACCCCGGUCAGUUCCAGCAAAAGUGACCCCUUCAGGCUGACUGUGAACUGUGAGUCAUCUGAGUCCCCUCCUGUCAGUUAGUAAACUCUUUAAGUUGAUUUUUUUUCCUGUAAAGGGAUCCUUGUGAUGCUCUUACUUUGGAGCUGCGGUGAAUAAUCAAUGGGAUGAAGGUGGAAAGUCCUUAGAAGAUUUGCAUUCAGUCAAUAAACGCUCAAAACUGUGAA